AUGACUAGGACAACGACAACAACGACGACCAAGAGGACCACGACGACGCCUAAGCCGACGACGACCACCAAGAGGACGACGACGUGCCCACCGACCAGGGUGGCCGUGGUUGGCUGCGAGCGACCGGCACCGCCGCCUACAACGAAGCCGACCACUACGUCGACUACGACUCCGAAACCCUACCUGCACGGCCAUCCGUACGUGGUCAUCAAAGUGCACGAAAUAAAGGGAACCCGUCGCGUGCCGGUCGAUCGCAUCUCGCCGCAGGUAUACCUGCGGCAGCUACUUUCCAAUGGCAAGAACCCAGAGAGAAUGAAACUGACACGGAACAUGUCCUCGUGUCUGCCAGAAUGUCACUUUUGGAUGCGCGGCGGCUCGUCGGAAGCGGCGGGUGACGGUGCGAGUGGCGGCGCAUCGGGCUCCCAGCUCAAAGGCAAGAAGAAGAAGCUGUAG